UUUGAAUUUUUGUUUGAAGCUUUCCGUUCAACGGAAUUUUUGACAAAUUCAAAUCAUUGACGCGUUUUGUGUGAUAUAAUUGAAAUAAAUAACAGUUUUUGCAAAUAAUUUUAUGUGUAUUAUAUCAAAAUGACGACCGACAAGAUUCGGAAGGACAAGAAUCAAAAUAUUCAAGUGUUUAUUCGAUUAAGACCCCUGAACCAGCGUGAGCGGGACAUAAAAUCUUUGGGUGUGAUCGAAGUUGUGAAUAACCGGGAAGUGGUGGUCCGCCAGUCACAACAAACCUCACACACCAAGAAGUUCACCUUUGACCGGGCGUUCGCACCAAAUGCUAGUCAGCUUCAAGUAUACCAAGAGGUGGUGAGCCCUCUAAUAGAGGAGGUCCUCAAUGGCUACAACUGCACAGUGUUCGCAUACGGACAGACAGGCACCGGCAAGACUCACACCAUGGUUGGAGAGCAUACCGGUUCUGAUACACACUGGCAGAAUGAUCCUCUGGCCGGUAUAAUACCACGGGCCCUCUCCCAACUAUUUGACGAGCUUCGUCUGACCAACACGGAGUACACAGUGCGGGUGUCAUACUUGGAGCUGUACAAUGAGGAACUGUUUGACCUGCUCUCCACUUCGGAAGACAAUUCCAAACUCAGGAUUUAUGAGGACGUGACAAGGAAGGGAUCCAAUAUUGUUAAUGGAUUGGAGGAGGUUACGGUAUUCAACAAGAAUGAAGUGUACAAAAUUAUGGCACAAGGGCAAGAGAGGAAGAGGGUUGCAUCUACUCUUAUGAAUGCACAAUCAAGUCGCUCACACACGGUAUUCACGAUCGUAGUCCACAUGAAGGAGAACAGCCCUGAAGGUGAGGAGUUGAUGAAGAUAGGGAAACUCAACUUAGUGGACUUGGCCGGCUCGGAGAAUAUCAGCAAGGCUGGUUCUGAAAACCCCGCCAAGAAGGAGAGAGCUAGGGAGUGUGUUAAUAUCAACCAGUCGUUGUUGACCCUCGGCAGAGUCAUCACUGCACUCGUGGAGAGACAUCCCCAUAUACCUUACAGGGAGUCCAAACUGACUCGUAUUCUCCAAGAAUCCUUGGGAGGUCGAACGAAGACUUCCAUCAUCGCGACCAUCUCCCCUGGACACAAGGACUUGGAGGAGACCAUGAGCACGUUGGAGUAUGCUCACCGCGCCAAAAAUAUACAGAACAAGCCAGAAGUCAACCAGAAGAUGACCAAGAAGGCUAUCUUGAAGGAGUAUGCUGAGGAGAUUGAUAGACUAAAGAGAGACUUGCAGGCGACUAGAGAUAAGAAUGGUGUAUACCUAGCAAGCGACACGUUCGCGGAAAUGACGUUGAAAGAAGAAGAACAGCGUAAAGAGAUACAGGAACUACUCCUAAAGAAGAGAGCCAUGGAGGAGGAGAAAGAGAAAAUGGAAGCUGUGUUCCAAGAGCUGAAUGAGACUCUGGAAACCAAGAACAGUGAACUGGCUACUACUGUGUCACAGCUUGAUAAUACCAAGAAGGAUUUGGCUACUACUAGUAAAGCGCUGUCUCGCAGUCGGCGUGCGUGCGAGGAGCAACAAGUUCUAGUGUCGGCACACUGCAGCACGGAGCUGGCUCUAGGGGCGCAGGCGCGGGAACUACUCGACACUGCAGAUGUCGCCACUAGCCACGUCGCCUGUCUACAUGAUGCUGUCGAUAAACGGAAAAAUGUAGAAUCUACUAACUUGGAGAUAACGCGCACAUACCGCGAGGAGUCGGAGCAACAACGAGGCUCUAUCAGUACUGGAGUCAGAACCUUUGCUGACACUGUACACUCUGUAUUCAACAACUUGCAGGCUGCUUUAGAUUCAUAUACGACAUCCAGCACUCAGACACAGGAACAAAAUAAACAGCAACUUGAAAACUUGGUGCAGAUGUUCAUGGAGACUGUUAAUGAGGUAAAAGCAGCUACAUCAGAGAGUCGGACUGCGCUGUCCCAGUCGAGUGCGUCCCACGUACAGUCCGUGCGCGGCGCUGUGUCGUCGCACGGCGCCGCGCUGCGGCAGUCGUUGGCGGGGUUCCUGCAACAUUUUGUAUCGUCGCUGCAACACGCACACAGUGUCGACGUCAAGGGAAACGUUGCUAACUUCGUGCAGCAAUGGUACACCGGAGCAUCGGAUCGAGUAUCAUCCCUCCAGCGCGUGCACGGUGGGUUCAGUUCCCGUGCCGAGACAUGCGUGGCGGCGCGCGCGCAGGCCCAGCGAGCUGCGCGGGACGCCUGGCGGGGACUCAAACAAAGGCGGGCCAACAGGACACAGGCUUGUCUCGCUAAAAUGCAAGAAGAAUCGGUUCGCCUCGAAAACCUCCUAACACAGCAACUAUCAGAUAUUGAGGCAGAAAGAGCACAAACCGAGCAUAGACUACAAGAAUGGAUGGAAGAAAAGAGAAGAUUGUUAGAGGAAGAACUAGCAAGACAUGUAGCUUCAGAGAAACAAGCAUUAGAAGACAGACUGGCCAAGAAGGUCACAGAAAUUGAGUUACAGAAGAAAAUGCUUCAAGAGAGGAUGGAACGUUACAAAGAGUGGGAGCAGAUACAAAUGGAAGCAGAUAGAGAAGAGAUGGAGAUGGCAGAAAGGGAAUUGGAAGACAACGAUAAAGGCAGACAGGAGUGUGUCAAAGAUAUUAAGAAGUACAGCAAGGAGUUUGAAGAAGGCACAAACGCGAUCAGCGUUGACAUGGAGAUAUUCAGUAAGAAUGUGGUGGAGGUCGUGGAACAUAUCAAUAAUGAGAUGCUCAAAGCUCUAGACCAGACCAGAGUGCAGGUCGAGGAAGAAGUGUCGAAGGUAGUGUCAGCGGACGAGGCGUCGUGUCUGCAACUGACGCAGUCUGUCGGCGACACCGUGCAGGCCUUGCUGGACUCUACCAAACAUAUCACUGAACAACUCGUCACCAAGGUUGAGAGCAACACUGGCACCGCAACACAACAACUACGCGACGUGUACAACUCCACUACACAACUGAUCUCUACAACCCACUCUCUACACGACACACACGCCGCGACGUGUACACACGCUCGGGAACAAGUCUCUACACUGCAGGGCCAGCUGUAUGAAGCUAUAGCAAGGCACCAACAGCUUGAGAACAAGUACCUCAGUCAUGAGUACAAGCUGUACUCGCCUACUGGUAAGACUCCGUCGCGCGUGGAGUACCGCUACCCGCGGGCCCUGGCCGCCACCUCGCCGCACGACAGGCUGCUCGCCAGGUUCCGCGCCAUGCGCCAGGACUCGGACGACCAGGACUGCGUUGUAGUAGAGUCCGACACAGAAACAUCGACCCGACAGGUGAGUGACUCGGAGUGUUCCUCCGAGGACUCCGCGCACUUCCUCGCUCCUUCACCGCCGGAACCGCGGGGGACAACGGAUACCAGGGACACUCGGGAUGCUCGGGACACUCGGGAUGCUCGGGACACUCGGGACAAACUCGUCAAGAGCACAUCCGAGACUGACAUACUCUACACUAUUAGGAAGCAACAAGAAAACGCCAAAGAGAACACAGAACGCUCAGUUUCAGGCAAAAAGCCUUCCAAGCUACCCGCGCCCUCAUCUCUUAAGAAGCCGUUAGCAGAACGAAACGUGAACUGACUUCACAUCUACCCACUUUACUGCCCAGUACCUUGAUUUAAAACGGUAUAAAGAUGUAUUGUGUUCAAUGAAAAAGUUCUUAGUUGCGAAUAGUAACCGCUAGAGGCGCUAGUUACGCUUGGCCCCUAAAAUAAAACCUCUUUUCAACUAUAUUUAUAGUUCUUACCAGGUUUUAUAAUUGUUAAAACAAUUGUUUUUCUAAAAUUUCCAACGUAUUUGUGUCUCGAAGCGUAAAAUCUCACCGAUUUGGCAUUAGGAUACGAAUUUUGAUUGAUAUAAUAUUAUUUUGUAAGCAGUAAGUUUGUAUUCAGUGUGUCUAUGCUUAUGUUUGUCGACGUAUAUUAUUGAAUAAUUGAUUUAUUAGUAUUAUGGCAGUUGGCGAACUGUAAUAUUUGACGAAUGGUUAACAUUAUGCAGUUUUUAAAGAAAUACGACCUUACAAAGCGCCCAUAUACAUAUAAUGUGGUCAUUGUCAACUGCCAAUUAGUUAUUUUAACAUUAUUAAUAAAAAUAGUUAUUGUUACUAUCCUUAUAUAAGCCGCUAUAGUAGCUAUAAAAGGUUAGGCCUUUCCCUAAACUCACAUAUACAUAUUAUAUUCAGAUUUCCAUUACAUUUUACUUACAUACAUAUAUCUUUAAAUUAAUUUUGGUAUUUUAUAGAAUUAUAGUUUUUAUACGUAUCGUGUUAAGAUUAUAUAAUGUUCGUACUAUAUAUUUAGAUUUUAUUUAACUUGUUCACAUAUCAUUGUAUAUGAGUGUUGUGUGCAACAAUGUAAUUAGCAAUAAAAUUAAAUU